AUGGCUGAUCAAUUUUCGGUGCUGUGUCAAAUAUUAAUUUUUCUAACCGCUGCACAGCCUUCGAUUGGAGGUCACUUCGAGUAUGUUUUGGAUGACGAAUCAGUGUUUUCGGAAUGUUUUGAUAUGCCGCCUGGAUAUGCGAAUAUAAGCGGGCUGUUUGAUGUUUCAACAAUUAACUUUGAAAUGGGGCCAGAAGGAGUUCACGUCGACGGAUACCUAACCUCCUCGUGGGAUAUACAACCAACGGAUCGCAUUGAGGGUCGAUUAAAUGUCGUUCAUAUGGACCGUGGCACUUGGCAACCGACGGUACUAAAUAUGGUGUCCAGAGAUUUUUGCAAAACAUUUGUGGAUCCCAAUCAAUAUUGGUACAAUAUUUUUCCAAAACAUAUUAUAAACAGGGACGAGGCUCGACAAAAAUGUCUAAACUAUAAAGGAACUGUUUACUUCAUGGAACCAUAUACCUUACAAAUGCAUUUUGGACUUGGUUUGACGCUUCCUUCUGGAAGAAAUCGAAUGGUGUUCAAUUUGGUAGCAAUUGAUGAGAAUAAUGUUACGCGACCAAAUGGAAUUUGCUUUGAGAUAGAAGGGGAUUUUUUUAAAAUCGAAUAACUGAUCUAUAACAGUACCUUUUAUUUGCCACUAUGGAUUGC